AUGCAGGAUUUGUUUGAUGAAGAUGAACAACCCAAUGAGGUACCGCAAAUUACCUCAAGGGGUUUUGGUCAGCCUAUGUCAAUUGUCAAUGUUCAUCAUGAUUCUUCCGCUGCUCCUACAAUUGUCAAAUUGAAUGGAACAAAUUAUUCAGUAUGGUCUCAACUGCUUGAGCUACAUGUUGCUGGGAAGGGAAAAUAUGGGUAUCUGACAGGCGGUUCUGCUGCACUAGCUCUGGCAGCCUUCAAUUACAAUAAGUGGUAUGCUAAAAACGCAGUUGUGAAGGGAUGGUUGAUUCAGUCUAUGGAGCCUGAUAUUAUGCAAAUUUUCCUUCCCUACAAAACUACCAAAGAUGUAUGGGAGAAUGUGAAAAAAAAAUACUAUGAUGGCCAAGAUCAGUCACAGAUUUAUGAGUUAACUAGUCGGGAAUUCAAGGCGAAACAGUCUGGGCGACAACUUGUCACAUACUAUGAAGAAUUGCAAAGUAUUUGGCACGAGAUUUAUUAUCGACGACCAAAGAAAUUUACUAAUUCAGCAGAUAUUUUGCUUUGUCAGCAGGAGAUUGAGAUCGAGAGGGUUUAUGUAUUUUUAGCUGGAUUAUAUGAUGUGUUUGACAGAGUUUGUAGCAAUAUUCUUCGCAUGGAUCCGUUUACGAAUUUGGAGAAAGCUUUUUCAUGUGUUAGAUUAGAAGACCAGCAGCGAUCCACCAUGAUGAUGCCACCAACCCCAGUGAACACUAGAGUUACUAUGGCAGUAAGGAACUCCAAGCCUACCUCUUCCUAG